CUAAAGACAAGAAUUUUGUUUUUGGUUUGUCAGCGGAAAAUCAUUUUGUAAAGAACAAAUGGACAAAAAGUCUGCCGUUUCAAGCUUGCAAGAAUUCUGCGCCAAGAGCAAGACUCCGGUGCCGAAGUAUGAUUACAUUGACGGAGAAGACGGAGGAUACGUUUGCAAAAUCAUUCUAAUGGAAAUCGAAGCCUAUGGAAAUGGUCGCUCAAAGCGCGACUCCAAACAUUUGGCAGCCGCGAAUAUGCUGAAGAAACUGCGCACAAUACCGGGACUGAGCGAGCACAUGGACACCGAUGGAAAUGGCUUUGACAACGGUUCGGAUUUGUACGAUGAGCUAAAGAACCUAAAUCGCGAUAUGGUGAAGGAGCUGCGUGACUACUGCGUUCGCCAUGAGACGCCGCUGCCCUUCAUCGAGAUUGUGCAGCAGAGCGGCACCCCAGAUGCACCCGAAUUCGUGGCCUGCUGCACGGUGGCCUCAAUGAAGCGUUACGGCAAGUCGGACAAAAAAAAGGAUGCCCGCCAGCGUGCGGCCAUCGAGAUGCUGUCGAUUAUCUCAGCCGAUUCGAACAAGUUUGGCAACAUGCAGGUGGUCAGCACCAAGCCCACGGACGUGAGUGCAGCUCCCGCCGAUGCCAUCAACGAUGUUGAGGCCGAACGUCGCCUGCUGUUCACCACCUACCGUGAGCUCACCGACUCGGGCCAUGCGGAAUUCUCUGGCCGCAAACUGUGCGAUGCACACAACUACUACAAGAACUUCUUUCCGCAUCUGAAGAAGGCCGCCUUUGAUGUCAUCAAUUCCGAGGACUACGAAAAUGAAAAGGACCAGCUGAUGGACUUGCUGAGCGCGCUGAACAUUACACCCGAAAUCUCUACAGUUCCAUCGACUAACAAUCAAGUAAUUGUUAAAGUUGAGCUAGACGUUGAUUUUGAUCGCGUUUUUCUGGAAGUAGAGGACAGGAUCUAUGGCCAUAUGAUUGGUUAUUUUAAGGAUAUGCUUGUCUAGGAUAUGCUUAUCAAUACGAACUGUUAUUUUGCUACGAAUUUAGAUUUAAUUUCCACUCAAAUAUCUUACCAUUCAAUGGCCAUUAGCCCACCCUUUUAUAUGCCAUCUAGACCAACCCAAAGUACAUACAUAUAUAAUGUUAACAUUUUUAUUAUAGCUAUGUAUAUAGGGGGUGUUUGUUGGCUUACAACUAAAUAAACUUGUAUCCUAUUUACACUCUAAAUGAGUCUGAAUAAUGCA